UGAUAUAAAAUGAGAGCGUGAAAGAGGAAGAGUCUGUGUGUGUGUGUGUGCGUGUGUGUGAGAGAGAGAAGGGACACACUCGUUCAGCUUUUGACAUUGAAACCACUUCAAGCAUAACAGUGACAGAGGGGAACUUUACUGCGCACACACACACACACAGCUCAUGAAGAUGCGUCUUCACUCCUGCCUCUGACCACUGAGACUGAAGCAGCUGAUCUCAGUUCUGUGAUAUCAGUUAAACAUCUGCAGACACACAAUGUCUCUCAAUGCCUCUCUUCACAUCCCCAACACUUCUAAGAAUGACCAGGCAACAAUUGUGGACAUUGACGCCAUCAUGGACAACGUCUCCAUCGUCCUCUACACACUGACCGUUGUGCUCGGCAUCACAGGGAACUCCAUGGUGAUCUGGGUGGCCGGAUUCAAACUCAAGUACAAUACUAAACAUUCCCAUGCAAUUCUCCUCUUUUCCUUCUUAUUUAUCCCCUUUCCUUGUUUUCUCGUCCCCCCUCUUUUCUUUUCUUCUUUCCUUCUUCCUCCUCAGCCAAAGGUCACCAACGUGUGGCUGGUGAAUCUGGCGAUAGCGGACCUGAUCUUCUGCUUCACACGAGUCUUCUCCCUCACUAAGAAGCUCUUCUUCGACCACUGGCCCUUCGGCAUCUUCCUCUGCAAGUUCAAUGGCUUCUUCAAAUAUGCCAACAUGUUCUGCUCUGUCUUUCUGUUGGCUGUGAUCAGUUUGGACCGAGUGCUCUGCGUCUGGCAGCCUGUCUUCACGAGGCGACGACGCACCCUGUGGGCCGCGAGGGUGGUGGCUUUCUGCGUCUGGACCACUGCGAUCGUCUUCAGCACUCCGUACUUCAUCCACCGCCAAGUCUACCUGAAGAACAACCUGAGUAAGUGCUCUGUGGACCCGAAGGAGAAGGGGGGGAACAGCAGCACUAAACUUGCUCUCUACUCCAUCCGCUUUCUGUGUGGCUUCAUGUUGCCUUUCAUGGUCAUCCUCAUCUGUUACAUCCUGGCUGGACUUGGCAUCCGACGCACCCGCUUGUCAGGGAAGUCCCGCCCUCUACGUAUAUUAGCAGCAUUAGUCGUCGCAUUCUUCCUGUGCUGGGCACCAUACCACUGCCUCCUGCUGGUGAAGAUGGUGAACAGUAAGAACCCAGUGGUGAAGAUCUGGCACCCUGUGGCGUCGGGCAUCGCCUACUUUAACAGCUGUGUGAACCCGCUGUUGUACUUCUGCAUGGGGCUGGACAUGAGGGGACGGUUCAGGCAGAGUCUGGCGGGGGUGUACAAGAGAGCUCUGGCGGACGACGAGGACGGACAGACGACCCAGUCCAACGACCGCUCUAUGGACGACAGCACUGGGUCGAAACACACCACUGUUGUGGUGGCAGGAAGGAGUCAGACUUCAGUGGAAGUAGCUAAAGUUUGAGGUUUCGCAGAGUUUCCUAAACACGUCUUCAAGCAUUAAAGGAGCAUUCUGGUGGUUUUUCAUGUUUUAACCCAUUAAAGUCACAGUGAAAUAGCGGAUAGCAUGUCUUUAGCUGUGAGUGAUUUAGAUCAAAUCCCUCAGAUAUGAUUGGAAGGCUCAAAAAUGGGCAUGGUUUUACAAAUACAGAGUGAUAAGGGGAGAAAUGUUGGCCUCACCUGCAUUUUUAAAAGAGAGGCAUUUUGAUAUAAAAAUACUCAAAAAUGACACAUAUUGACAUAUGUUUGGCAUAUAACAAGAGAUAACAGAACAAUUACCACAUGGACACAAGACUAUUAUUUUAUUUCACUGUCUUUAACAAUAACUACUCCUGAACAUUUUCUGAAGCAUACAAGGAACUCCCACAUCCCCCCAUCUCCCACAUUUUAAGGUGUUAGUGUUAUACACUGGUGUGCAUUGUAACUCUUGAUACAGACGGUAUAUUGCAUGUUCAUAUUUAUAAAAGUUUUCAUAGUACUAGUACUGGCAGGCUGUGAAAGUUCUAUAAAGUACCACGGGCAAUGUAGUAGGUGGUAAAAGGUUAAACUGACAUCCAUUGAUUUCAUAUUAUUUCAGUAAGGCAUGAAAGUUGUUGAGAUCUGAAACUUGCUUUAUGCAUAAUGCGUAAUCCUUCAGAAAAAUAAAAGCUGCAUCUUGA